GCGGAGGAACAGACAGCGGGCAAGCCAUACUUUUUUCUUUUCCUAAGUUUUCGCAAGGACGUUUAUUUUAAGAUCCUAUGCAAAACAGUAUAAUUCACAGCAGAGGGAGAAACCGUUAAAAAGUUAUAAGAGAUGAUUUCCUGUAGUCGAUGAACGCUAGUUAGCAUGUUCCCUAAAACAACAGCGGCUGUCACUCGCGUCGGGUUGAAGUAGGCUAGCGUUUGUUUUCCCUUUAUUUCUUAGGUAUUAGAUGUGAUUAUGGCAGGACGACAUUCGAGAUGAUGGAAAAGGUGAUGCGAGUGGCGGUGCGCGUCAGACCGUUGCACCCUGCAGAAAUCCGUGUAAACAAAGAGAUCUGUGCAAAUGUUUCAGCUGAUUCUCGCCAGGUUACACUGGCAGGCGGACAUACCUUUCCCUGUGACUUCGCCUUCGGACCCACGGUGUCACAGGAGCGUGUUUAUUGUUCCAGUUUGAAGCCUUUGGUGGUGUCUUUGUUCGCCGGUAGGGAUGUUACAGUCCUUACGUACGGACAGGCUGGGUCGGGCAAGUCCUACACGCUAUGUGGAAAGCAUGGUGAACGUGCAGGAGACAGGGGCGCUGUGUGGCGGGUGUGUGAAGACAUUCUCCAUCAGAUGACUGCCAAAGAGCACAGUUCUCGUGUGCUGAGUGCCUGCUGUGUUGCUUUGUGUGGACAUGAGCUGAGAGAUGUCUUGGCCCGAGAUGCGUCGCAGGCGAAUCUUUUCAUCACCGAGGACCAGAAUGGUAGAACUGUAGUGGAUGGCGCCGCGGAAGUCCCAGUGGGUUCAAUGAAGGAUGUGCAAAACGUCCUCAAGUGCGUGUCUGAUGUGAACCACAAGCAGCCCUCCUCACACACUCUGCUUUGGCUGCGGCUCAGACAGCGUGGCAGUAGUAAUAAUCAUACCCAGGCUGCAUUGUUCUCCACUCUUAUGGUAGUGGACCUGGCAGGCUGGGAAUGCGUGUCCGGGCUGGUGAGCGCUGACCCGUCCAGAUUCAAACGUUCCCUACAGAUCAGCACGGAGCUUCGACCUAUUGUUGACAUUCUCCAGCAGCCGGACAGACUCCCACCGUCCACCCCAGCGAGUCGCGUACACACACCCCAAACUCUCUCCAGUCACAGUCACGUCCACAAACAACCCCGUCCUUCGCUCACACACUCGGGCAGCUCAGACGUACCCAAGGUUCAUAGUACACGCGCCUUGUGCGUAUCAUCCACUCAUUCUAUCUCAUCGCAACAAGCACACGUCUCACACUCUCCUCUCGUAAGACUGCUGCAGAAUUCACUAACGGUCUCGUCCGGCGGCCAGACUCUCCUCUUGGUGUGUGUGAGCCCAGCCCGGUCUAGCCUGGCGGACACGGCCAGCUGUCUCAUGCUGGCUGCCCGCGCUCAGGACAAAUAUGUUACACACGCGGACGACCUGGCGAAAGGCGAACAACAGCACCCACGUGAUGCUCCGUCUGGGUGUGGAGCACAAGGUCGACUCGUGCACAACGCUGCCGCCCUGCUGGAGGAGAUGCAGCAGGGCUACUCCCUCAGUGCCGACCUGCAGCAGAGGCUGAGCUCCUGGCUGGAUGCGUACCAGAAGACCCCACACAGCCCCAAGGCAUCAGAUCACACUCUGGGCGGGACACUUGAUGGUGGACAUCAGGUACUCAACUGUGCGGAGACGGAGGCUUCCCUGACAACAGAUACACACUCAUGCCAGCAAUCAUUACAAGAACUGAAGCUACACUGUCGUCUUCAGAGUGAGCUGCUUGUGGAGCAGAAGCUGCUUGCUGAGGGUCUGAGGAGGGAGCACCACCACCACAGCUCCUCUGACAUGAAGGAGGGCCAGAAGAGAGUACAGAGCUGCCCUCACACAGCUCGACUGCCAGCCCACCUAACCAACCCACUCAUCCGCAGUGCCACGGCUGUCAACAAAAACGUGCGCAGCAGCGUCCAUUGCGUGCUGGGUCUGGAGCGGCUGUGGGCCACCCUGAAGAGCAGUAACCAGCUGCUAUUGGCCCGGCAGGAGGAGCAGGAGGAGGUGCCCCGGCUGCCCAGCAGCAGCAGCAGCAGCAGCAGCGCUGCUGCCAGGAGGCCCAGAGAUACGGAGGCCCGCGGGGACACACAGAGCGGCAAGGACAAGAGGAGGAGCGCCAUACCUCUUCUCAACCGUACCUGGACCCGCAAACACAGCAACCCAGACCUGAGUCCCUCCACCCCGGAGAGCCAGGAUAACCACCAGGCCGCGCCGGGACCCCGCGGGGCAUGCGAGGGGCAGGGCAGCCUCUCCGAGAGCCGGUCAGCCGGGGUCAUCGCCCUGCAGCAGGAGAAGGAGAGACUGAUGAAGAGGAGAGAUGAGCUGAGGGAUAAUUUAGCUGCGGAGAACACAGACACAGAAAAGGAGGACCGUGCUCUGCAUCUGCUUGAGGAGACCAUGGAGGCGGUGGAUGCUGUGAUCGAGAUGCGUCAACACCCAGACCAGCAGGGGGCGUCAGUCACUCAUCAGCUCACUGAUAACUCUGAUGCUGUGCCCAUAGACAGCCUGGGAGGCUUAGAAGACCUCUCUCCGCAGGAAGCUAAAGCACUCUUCCACAUGUUCCUCAGCAAGGCUGUGCGUGAGCGAGGGCGGUGUGCGUCUCAGCAGCGGCGCGUGGGUGAGCUGGAGGGCCUGCUGUCGUCGGAGCGGGAGCAGAGCUCCAGCAGGCUGCAGCAGCUGGAGAAGGAGGUCUUCUUCUACCGGAGCAGCAGCCGCGAGCUCAGGAGGCGCCUGAAGGAGCUGGUCCAGGACGCACCCCCACUUACGCCUCCUUCCACCUCCUCUGGCCGGACGUCUCGCGUCAGUGGGGAUGGAGGCCUCAGUCACGGCCAGUGAAGUGGGAGAUGCCUGAAUGAGCUGGUUCCCCUCAUCUCUUCCUCUCCUCUACUCCUCCGCACCCUCUCCUCCUCCUCCUCCCACCUCCUCUGGACGAAUGUCUCGCGUCAGUGGGGAUGGAGGCCACAACCACGGCCAGUGAACUGGGAGAGAUGGCCUGAAGGAGCUGGUUCAGGAUAUCCCCUCAUCACCUCCUCUCCUCCUCACCUUCUCCUCCUCACCUUCUCCUCCUCCUUCCUCUUUUGGGCCGGGCUGAAGGUGGGGAUGGAGGCCACAGUCAUGGCCAGUGAAACUGGGAGAUAUCCCCUCAUCCCCUCCUCGUCUCCUCCUCGCCUCCUUCCACCUCCUCUGGCCGGACGUCUCGCGUCAGAGGGAGGGAACUGGGAGAUGCCUGACUAUGAAGUAGCUGGUUCAGGAUAUCCCCCUCGUGACCUCCUCUCGUCCUCCUCACCUUCUCCUCCACAGUCAUGGCCAGUGAGGGGGAUCCACCAGAGGUGACGUCUGAAAGAGCCAGAUGGUUCAGGAGAGGCUUCAGGACCCACCCUCACCGCCUCCUCCUCCUCCUCCUCCUCCUCCUCCUCAUUCUUUGUCUUCCAGUUGAACACCUUGCCUCACAGGCUGUGGGGUUGGAAACCACCAGUAGAGAUGGCUAAAAUAUCUAGUUCAGAGUGCAACCUCACCUCCUCCUUUUCCUCCUCCUUCUUCGUCUUCCAGUUGAACACCCUGCCUCAGAGGUAGUGGCCAGCGAGAGAAACAGACUCUGUCCACUAUUCUCUGAUCUGAGACAAGUUUAUGCUUACCUCUCGGAGAAGAUAUCAACUCGCCUCAGAACAUAUUAGAACUUUGUUCAGUAUGGACAGACACACUUUGGACUGUUCCAUAAACAAUCAGUCAUAUCUGAACCCUGCUCUCUCUGCAUGUCCAUCACCUCUUUAACUCUUUCUAGUAGACAUAGACUGACUUAAAUGAAACUUCUUUUUUAAUCGGCACUUUUAGUCUGGCUCUUGUGAUAUCUAGCAUCAUAUCCAAAUGAGCUCUGAAUUGAAAUGCUUGUAAACACCAACCACUCCACUCUGCACUACAUUUGUAACUGCUUGAACUCAUAUUUACUCCUAUUUGAACAGUGCUGUGUGUGAUUAAUUUGUUUGCCGUGUGCCUUACAUUUUUGUUGGUUAUGUUUGCCUGUGGAAAUGUUAUCUUUAACUAAUCAACUAAUUAUUAAGUAAUUUGUUAUACAUGACCACUGAGAUUAAUUAAUUUAUACUUUCAUUGUACAUGACUGAUAUUGUGUACAGUUUUGAACGUUUGAAAUCGUAUUCACGUUUCUAAUUUAUUUUGCCUUUUAAAAGCAAUGCUCAAAUCAAAUGAUGAUGUAUUUCUCACUUACUUAGUGAAAAUAAAAUGAUAACAUGAUCAA